AUGUGCCAGACCCUCACCGGCAAGGUUAUCCUCAUCACCGGCGGCACCGCCGGCGUCGGCGCCGGGACCACCAUCGGGCCGCCCCGACACAAGCCCGCGCACCUCCUCUUCACGGGGCGCAACCCCAAGACAGCCGAGUCGACCAUCUCCGCCGCCGCGCCGACCGAGCUCUGCAUUUCCGUCGUGGAGUGCGACCUCGCGGACCUCGCCUCCGUCAAGACGGCCGCCGACAAGGUGCUGUCUGACCUCGAUCGCCUCGACGUCCUCGUCUGCAACGCCGGGAUCAAGCUGCUACACGGCCGCCUUGGACGGCGGCACCGGGACGUCCGCGUGGUCAUGGUGACGAGCACCGCGUGGCGAGGGACGCGGCCGGGCGGGAUCGUGUUUGAGAAGAUCAGGACAGCGCAGGAGAUGGCGAUCGCGAAGCGGCAUCCGAAGAUCACCCCGGGCGUUGUUGCCACGGGUCUGGUUACGGAUCUAGGAUUUGUGGAUCGCGCGCUGAUCUACAUUCCCAACAUUGGUAAGGUGAAGACGGCCGAGGGCACUCACAAUCUGCUGUGGUCCAUCACUGCCCCCAAGGAGAGCAUCAAGCGUGGGGUCUUCUAUGAGCCGGUGGGUUUGUCCCCAAUGGAGACGAAAGCUAGUAAGGACCCGGAGCUUGGAAAGAAGCUCUGGGAUUGGACCAAGACUGAGUUGAAGAAAUGGAUGUAUUGA